UCCUCUGCGCGUGGGAACGCAAACUCCCUAUGCGAAGGCUACUAUGCAGUGGAGAUAAAAAAUUGCGGCAAUGGGAGAAUAAUCUUGAUUUUCUUCCAUUAGGAUACUGUAACUCAGGCAUUAGGAGUCAACUUAACCGUUUCAGCUCAACCUCAAGACUCAUCGCUGCGCUUGCUAAAGGUGGAACUUGUGCUGAAAUUGCGUUAUUUGAGGCCUCUCGAUUAUUCAAUUCAGGCUCUAAACCAGAUGCCUGUGCUCUGGUUCACCUUCUUCGAGCCACCACUAACCUGGGUUGGGACCCAUUUGGACAUCAGCUCCACAGCUACGUUUUGCGAUAUGGGUAUUAUUCUGACGCCAAUGUCUCCGCCGCCCUCAUCAGAUUUUACGUUGGAAUGCAGUCUCUCGGUGAUGCCCACAAAUUGUUCGUUGAAAUUCCUCAACGAAAUGUGGUUUCUUGGAACACUUUGAUUUCCGGAUACGUGCACACCGGACAGUUUCGUAAAGCCUUGUCUGUUCUGCUUCAGCUGGAAAAAUCAGACGUUUAUGCUGAUGCAUUCUCAUUUACAUCGGGUUUAGCUGCUUGCGGCCACCUGGGUUUCUUGAAGCCAGGCAAGUCAAUUCAUUCCAAGGUUUUGAAAUUUGGGUUGGUUGGAGAUACUGUUGUUGCCAAUUGCUUGAUUGAUAUGUAUGGCAAAUGCGAGUGUGUUGAAGAGGCUGUUCGAGUAUUCUCUGAAAUUACUGACAAGGACGUUAUUUCUUGGAAUUCAGUAAUAGCAGCAGCUGCCAGUAACGGAAAAAUUGAACAAGCACUCCAUUUUUUGCACUUCAUGCCUAACCCUGACACCAUUUCAUACAAUGGACUGAUAAAUGGUAUAGCUCAGAUGGGGAGAAUGGAAGAUGCAAUUCAGAUUUUAUCCAUCAUGCCAAAUCCAAAUUCUUCAUCGUGGAAUUCAAUAAUCACGGGAUUUGUGAAUAGGAAUCAAGUUCCAGCAGCUUUGGAUAUGUUCAGUAAGAUGCACUCAAGAAACGUAGAGAUGAAUGAGUUCACGUUUUCAGUCAUUCUAAACGGGAUUGCUUGUCUGUCAGCUUUGACAUGGGGAGUGGUGAUUCAAUGUUGCACUAUUAAGCAUGGUCUAGAUGCAUCUGUGGUUGUCGGUAGUGCGUUAAUCGACAUGCACUCAAAAUGUGGGCAGGUUAAGAAUGCGGAAUCAAUUUUCAAAUCACUGUCUAGUCGGAAUCUGGUAAGCUGGAACGCAUUGAUCUGUGGCUAUGCUCGCAGUGGUGAUUCUGCCAGAGUUAUCCAACUCUUUGAGCUGCUCAAAACGGAGGGACAUACAAAACCUGAUGGCAUCACAUUUCUUAACCUGUUUUUUGCGUGUUCCCAUAAUCAAAUACCACUUGAGGUUGCAACUCAGUACUUCAAAUCUAUGAUCAGCGAUUAUGGAAUAGCACCGACCGUUGAGCAUUGUUGUUCUAUGAUUCGGCUGAUGGGAAAAAAAGGGGAGUUGUGGAGAGCUGAAAGGAUGAUUCAUGAACUUGGCUUUCAGACAUCUGGAUUGGUUUGGAGGGCUUUGCUUGGUGCUUGUGAAAUUAAUAGAGAUUUACAAAUUGCAGAGGUUGCGGCUGUUAAUUUGAUGAAGUUGGAGGGCAAUGAAGAUUAUGUUUACGUGAUUAUGUCUAAUCUCUAUGCUUCUUAUCGAAGAUGGGAAGAUGUUAGUGUAAUUAGGGGCCUCAUGAGGAGGAAAAGAGUGAGAAAAGAUGCAGGCUCUAGUUGGAUAGAAGUAGAGAACUUUGUCCUGUAUGCUGCUGCUACUGGAAUAAAAUAACUACCUCAGUUACUCUGUAAAGAUAAUCUGACGCUCAUGUCUUCAAGUGAAA